AUGUGCCUGUCUGCGCCCUCCCUGUCCUCGUCCGCUUCUCUCCGCUUUGCUGGCUGCCUUGCCGACUCUCAUCCCUUGACCUUCAAUCCAACCUUCGGGCUCGCUCCUCCCGGAUCUCUGGAGGAAUACGCGCUGUCUAAUAUUCAAGACUUGUCGGCUCCCCUGCUGUUCGACUUCUCGGUUGCCGAGGUGAGCUACGAGUGUGACUUCCUGCUAGAUUACGAGUGGGAGCGGUGCGUUCAGCUCUGA